UGGGAUGUUUACUGAAUCCACUUUCUAUGAGCCGAGUGCUGCGAGCAUGUCCAAGUGGUUUGGCAAAUCAUCACGCAGACACCAGCGAGGCCCUCCCAGCGAGCCAGAGGGGCCAGAGGAACCGCAGAGCCCCGUGCCGCCGUACCACACCUACGGGCAAGACCGCGGGACCAGCGCCGGGCUGCUCGCUGGCUACACAUCCCAGGCUGCCCCUGAUUCUGGUCUGAAAAAGUACCCAAGCAAGGCCAAGCCGACACACCCGAGCACAACCACGCGCAAGGGCAAGGGAAAGGCCGCGACGGCGCCCCCACCCGAGGGCAGGGGGUCGAGAGGGGAAAAUGCUGUCGCCGGGCCCAGUGGCAGUCCCGUUACAGAGGAGAUAGAUGACGGUGAGAUCGAAGUACGGGACGAACAAUGGGACGUCUACUUUCACGCGUUCCUGCUACACUACACGAGACAUUCAGAGUGUUACUGGUAUCGAGACUCAUGGUGGUUCCCAGAGACCGGACGGAAUGAAAAGACGCUGCACAUGUUUGUCGCUGCGAGAUGGGCACCGAUAGAUAACCUCAAGGUACUUCAUCUUGGACAUUGUAUAUGACCGACGCUCACCACCUCUCACAGUACUAUAACCUACACCUCGUAAGUUGACACAUCCCUAUGCCAAAGGCAGACUGACCACGACCAGCCCAAUGGCAAGAUCAUGGAAAACGGUCAGUCACGCUGUGAAUGUGUAGUGUCAACACGAGCUAAUCCUUGGUUACAGUGAUGUUGUGAGUGGCCCAGCUGCAGAUCUCCGGUAGGCAUGGAUGGCCUGCUGAUCGUCUGCAGUCGCUAUGUGGGACCGACAACCCCGAAAGACUCGUGGCUACACGAUUACAUUGGUUGUGUGUCUGCAUGUCUGGAGACCGAAAACGUACUGAUAUCUGUUGUAGACAAUCUGAAUCUAGUAACGAUCGAUAUGCGGGUCAUAGAUCCAUAGAGAACGGAUGGUUGUAUUACAAGCGGUUCACUGAGGAGUUUGUGAAGCAGAGUAGUAAAGAGAAGCAGUCGUGUUGGAUGAAUAUCUGUGCAACCAGAGGUGAUCAGAAGGACAUGUUGGGUGUUUCAGUUAACGCAUGCAUCGCUGAGAGCAGCUGA